ACUCUUUGCACCAUAUCCAAUCACUUGGAUUAAACAUUCCAUCACCUGGCACAUCCAUCUGCUACAAGCUUCAAGCAUCAUAUCGUCAAGUUCAAGCUAACUGGUUGAACGAAUUUUUUUGCUGUUGCUUUUUCCUUCUUUUAGUCCAACUCCCAUUCACUUAGUUAAAGGGUUUUUGUGGUCAAGGUCUGUUAUCUGAUUUUGUGAUAUCAAUACAGAGCCCUCACCUAUACAUCCCCUUUCCAUCUCUGCAUCGUCCAGCCCUUUGCACUGUUUGUUGUUGUUGUUGUUGCUGCUGCUGCUGCUCAACGUUUGACAAUUGGACAUAUCUCCAUUGCAUUCCAUCAAACCCUACUUAAUUUAAACCAUUACUUAUAGAACGGACCAUGGCAUCAGCUAGAGGACAGCCGUUACAGGCACUCGGCGAGCGAGAGCUCAACUCGAGAGCACAGAUAACGCCAUUGAAGUCGACCAGGAAAUUGGAGGCUGACGUUUAUGAGGUCAAGGCACCAAAGGAGAGUGUUCCAAAGGAGAAGCCAAAGAAGAAGAAAGAGAAGCUUUCCGCCCUAUGUAAAACACCACCUUCAUUGAUCAAGACAAGAACAGGAAAGGACUACAGAAGAGGUCUAUUCUUGGGCGAAGGUGGAUUUGCAAGAUGCUUCCAGAUCAAGGACGAUAGCGGUCAGUUGUACGCCGCUAAGACCGUUGCAAAGGCAUCUAUCAAAAAUGACAAGACAAAGACCAAGUUGCUUGCUGAAAUCAAGAUCCACAAGUCUAUGCACCACCCAAGCAUUGUCCAAUUUAUAGAUUGUUUCGAAGACGACAUCAACGUUUACAUUCUUCUAGAAAUUUGUCCAAACCAAUCCUUGAUGGAUCUAUUGAAGAAAAGAAAGCUGCUCACAGAACCAGAAGUGAGAUUCAUGAUGGUUCAGAUCAUCGGUGGUAUUAAAUACAUGCAUAACAGAAGGGUAAUCCACAGAGACUUGAAACUUGGAAAUAUCUUCUUUGAUGCUGACAUGAACAUCAAAAUUGGUGACUUUGGUUUGGCUUCUGUCCUUAAAGGUACCAACGAACGUAGGUACACUAUCUGCGGCACCCCAAAUUACAUUGCACCAGAGGUUUUAACAGGGAAGAAAACAGGCCAUAGCUUUGAAGUUGAUAUCUGGUCUAUUGGUAUCAUGUUGUACGCUUUGUUGAUCGGUAAACCACCUUUCCAGUCCAAAGACGUUGCUCAUAUCUACGAAAGAAUUAAAAUCAAUGACUACCAUUUCCCACCUGAUAAGUAUAUUUCUGACUCUGCCAGAACACUUAUCGAACAUAUCUUGAAAACAGUUCCAGGUCUAAGACCAAGCUUGGAUGACAUGCUGUUGUACGAAUUCUUCACCACAGGGAAGUUUCCUAACAAACUCACUGUGGAGACUUUAGUUGCUGAACCCGAUUUCUCAUAUUUGACAGAGUCACAAUCUCAUAUGAACUUCCUGCAAGCCAAGCGUGAUUCAGGCUUGAUUCAAUCUUCUCACAUGACACCUGUGGAGAUCCUCAAGACAGACUUGGAGUCAGAGAAACCAAAAACCCUUCUACCACAAUCAUUGUCUCCUGGAAACACCAAGAGUAAGUACAAGGAGGUUACUGAACCUGUUCUGAAACAAAGAACUUCCGAAGAUCCUGCAAACUCAAAGCUUGGAAGGGCGAGACGUUUGGAAGACCAUGGAAUGCCAUAUAAACAGUCUCGUGGUCAUAGAAAUAAAAGUGUUUCAAAUGCAAUCUUGAGACAGGAAUGCACUAAUAUAUUGAAUGGUAUGGUGAUUUCAGAACGUCAAGCAAGAAUCAGAGCGUCGUCUAGACUGCCAGAGAUUGAGCCAAAAACCCCUAUAUUAAUCAGUAAAUGGGUCGAUUAUUCUAACAAGCACGGAUUCUCAUAUCAACUUUCUACUGACGAUAUCGGUGUUCUUUUCAACGAUGGAAAUACACUGUUACGUAUCAACCAUUCCAGUUCGUUUUGGUACAUUGUGAAUAAUCCAAACGAAGGUUGGUUAGCGCAAGAGUACAGCACGACGGAUGCUCCAGCUCAUUUACACAGACAUAUUGAGAUAACUGAGUUCUUUGCAAAGUACAUGAAGACCAACUUGUGUAAAGUGUCCAAUGAUGAUGACUCCAUAAUGGAUCAAGAUGAAAUAUUCUUAAGAAGAUACACCAGGGAUGAAAAGUAUGUGAUGUUUGAAAUGAGCAAUGGUUCAGUUCAGUUCAACUUCAAAGAUCAUCAUAAGAUUUGCAUUUCACAGACUGGUUGUACGAUCACCUAUAUCUCACCAGAUCGUGUUUGUAAAACACUGGCUCUUUCUCAGGUCUUCAGAGAAGGUGGAUUCCGUGAGAUUGUUGAAGAUAUUGGCCUAGAAGAGAAAUUAGAUAUGAUCAAAUGUGCCUUGAAAGAGAAGAUCCAUGCAUCCCUUGACUGAGAGAAAGGCAAUGUUUAUGAUUCACGUGAAAACAAAACAGGUUCACUUUAUGACCACACAAUUUACCUUAAUCCAAUCCGUACUAUAAUAUUAAUAUAUACCCAUAUACUCACCAGCUAUUCAUGCCAGUCGUG